GGCGCGGCUCACCGCAUAAUAGCCCGCCCGGUUUUAGGCUGUGUGUCGGGGAGGUUGAACUGACAUACCCUACCGUGUGUGCACUAUAUAGGUGUGUGCAAUACACUAAGUGACUCGGCCCCUUCACAUUCUAAAGUCUUGGCCCGGUGAAUGCAACAUUGUGGCUAGUGUUAAUAACCAAUUGUCAACACCGCCAAUAGACGCUUUGUGGGGCGAUUAGCACCCGACCGUAGCUCCAAUCUCUGCUAUACAAAACAACCUCCCAGCAGUAACCCAUUCUGAUUCACAUGUGCACGCUUCGCCACACUCCACCAUACAAAUGUGAUUUUUCCUUUGAUGCGGUUAUUAAGUGACAUGCACGACGGACUCCCAUGUAUACGAAGUCUCUGUGUUUGAGACUGAUGACAGUACAUCAACUACUCAGGAAUCUAGACUCCAGGUUACUCACCAGCGCUCGCAUGGAUAACUCAGCAUGAUACAUGUUGGUUCCCUUCAUCAGCUCAUACCACCCCAAGAUUGCUGUUUUAACAAGGUAAAAAGAGCCAGGACAGAGAGUGACGGAGUAAGUGAGAACCACACGCAGUCAGCAAGCAGGUCUAUGGAAAUACAGCAGUUGGCCAGUCCACAUAGUCAAGUGUCUAGUGCCAACGGCAAUUCACCCCAGCAUGACAACUCCACUGACAGCAAUUGCUCUGUAACAACCAAUGGAACAGAUGGUAACCAUGUUUCUAUGGCAACAACAGCAGAAUCAAGCGUGUUGACGAGUACGGACAGUUGGAAUUCAGUUCACACAGCUGCCUCAAUCAAAUCUGAACCGCUCAGUAAUAGCGACCCGUCAACCCCUACUGUGAUUCAGGACGGUGGUUAUGGCGUAAAUGCCCCCCUUGGUGGCUAUGCAGGGUCGAAUUCAGGGGUCGGAGGUCAAAGUUCGUUGGAUAUGAAUCUUCGGCAGCCUAAAUCAGAGUUUCCUUCACAGUAUUACCCAAGCCAAGCCUACCCACACAUAUUACCCACACCAUCAGCGCAGGGGAGUAAUUUCCAGCCCAGUACCCCUCAGCAGUCAUCAUUCGGUGUGCAGAACUCAAGCUAUCCGUAUACCGGUCAGUCUGGGCAGCCUCCAUAUGGUUUAGCCGGAGCCAUGUCGUCUUACAGUUCUAAAUCAUUAAAAGCUGACCCGACACCAAUGCAAGGUCAGGGGUCAUAUCUUAGUGCUUAUGGGUCAGCAGGGUUUACAGGGUCGUCCAGCCAGGCUGCACAGAGUCCAUACUAUCAAAUGCAAGGAGGCAGUUUUACAGGGAGCAGUAGUUACCCUUAUCCUACAUGUAGCAGUAACACACCAACCACAAAUACACAGGGUUUUAAUAGUACACAACAGGGAGAGUAUGGUUCCUACGGAACAACAUAUGGUCAGAGUAGCUUUAACCAGUACUACACCCCACCUGGCUAUGGCAGUCCAUACAUGUCAAACAGCACACUGGGUCCGGCACCAACGUCUGUACCUACAACGACAACGACUUAUCAGCUAGCACCGUUACCGAGUGAAAAAUUUGUGGAUUCUCCGGACACUCUUGAAAGUGCUGUGGCGUCACGCGAGCCACCCAGUAAUGCUAACGAAGUUGAAAGUUCUUUCACCACAGACUCGUCUAUUAAGCUGGACGAUGCCAACGGCAUGGGGAGGGGGAGACAGGGUACAAAAGCAAGUAGCACAAGAAAUCGAGGGACAGGGAGGGGGAGGAGAAAUAACCCCUCGCCGCCCCCAGAGGAUGGAUUGGAGCGAGUGUUUGUGUGGGAUCUUGACGAAACGAUAAUCGUAUUUCAUUCGUUGCUGACAGGGUCUUACGCUACAAGGUUUGGAAAGGACGCUCCAGCAUCAGUGUCAUUAGGUCUUCGUAUGGAAGAGAUGAUAUUUAAUCUAGCAGAUACACAUCUAUUCUUCAAUGAUUUGGAGGAGUGUGACCAAGUUCACAUAGAUGAUGUUGCAUCAGACGACAAUGGCCAAGACCUCAGUAAUUACAACUUCCAGACAGACGGGUUCCACGCAGCAGCGACAAGUGCCAAUCUCUGUUUAGCAACAGGUGUGAGGGGCGGUGUAGACUGGAUGCGUAAAUUAGCAUACCGUUAUCGUAGAAUAAAGGAGAUCUACAGCGCAUACAAGAACAAUGUAGGAGAUUUGGUCUCCAUUUUGCCAGCAGGUUUGCUGGGCCCGCAGAAGCGAGAGCAGUGGCUUCAGCUACGAGCUGAGAUUGAGGCUAUGACAGACUCCUGGCUCACCAUAGCACUCAAGUCUCUCUCAAUCAUUAAUUCAAGGUCAAAUUGUGUGAAUGUUUUAGUCACGACGACCCAGCUUGUACCAGCGGUGGCCAAGGUGCUUCUGUACGGUCUAGGGGGCGUGUUUAACAUAGAAAAUGUCUAUAGUGCCACACGGGUAGGAAAGGAGAGCUGCUUCGAACGGAUCGUGGCGCGCUUCGGUCGUAAAAUCACUUACGUUGCAAUCGGUGAUGCCAAAGAUGAGGAACAAGCUGCAAAACAGAUGGACUUUCCAUUCUGGCGGGUCUCCAGUCACUCUGAUCUGGCUGCAUUACACCACGCCCUGGACUUGGGCUACCUCUGAGGGACGUUGUGUUGCAAAUGGCAGUGUGAACCUGCGGGGUACCCUGAGUAUUUCCGGGAGAUGCUGUUUGGAUGGCACUACAAAGACGACUGGUCCGGGUUAGCUCCGGGAGACAACCCGCAGACAAGGUACCUCUGAGAGGUCACUCUUUGAACAGUACAUAUCCUGCAGUAUCUCUACAAGAAACCUUGUGAAGGACUAGACCAUGUGGGAUUCUGUGUGUGAACAGUGUAAGACCAGGGUACCCCCAGAGAAAUGCUGUGUGUGAACAACGCUACACCAGGAUACCCAAGAGAAAUGCUCUGUGUGAACAGCACCAGACAAGGACACAACCCUGAGAAAUGCUGCGGUGCGAAUAGCACAACACCAGGGUACCCCGGGGAAAUGCCAUGUUGCGAACAUAGGAGAGGACAUUUACUGUUCAAUGUUUUAAACCCAUCGAUCCAACAUUACACCAGAACAUUUAUAUAUGGUGGUAGGAAAGAGACUGCAGCCCUGUUAUUAAACAAAUAUAUAUUGACUGGAACUUGAAGUCAAGCUCAGAGGGGCAUAUCUCUUGUUUCUGAUUUCAUACACAGAAUUAUUUACCGCUGCUGGAGGUAUCAAAUGAAGAAACUCAAGAGAGGAAGAAAAACAAAAAAACAUCAACUUUUGUAAACUUAAAGUGCAAGAACUAUGAUGAGCACUUUUUUUAUAUGUUCCAUUAUCGGUGCAUUUUGAUGUCUGAUUCAUUGUAGAUGUGAGAGCAUAAUCGUGUACAGAAUUUUCGAGUUGUGGCUUCUUUUUUUUCUUUUUUUUCUUCUCUCAUCCCAAUCGGUUUCCAUUGUUUGCACUUAUUAACCCGUGGGAUUAUUUUCAGCAAUUUUGGUCUUCGAUGCUGAGACUUUGUUACCAUGUGUAUUUGUAGACGUCUUAUACCGGUACAAAAUUACAGCAUCUUUCGUUAUGGAACAGGGAGUUCUGAAGUUUGCUGCAUCAGUUAAGAAAGCUAGAUGUUGAACUAUUGCAACUAUCUGGUGGAUUUUGAUGUUCACAAAUUGCCCUCAACUGGAUGUGAACCUGCGCUUUUGUUUGUAAAGGAUGCUGAGUGCUGUGUGAGAUCCAAGUUUGUAUUCGCUUCCUAUGCUGGAAUCGAACCAAUAACCUUUGACAAGCUGCUGAGAGCUGCAUACGGGUGUCUUAGCUCAUAUACACUAAUACCUUGGCUAGAAUAGAACCACUGCUAUCUGACAAUAUGCUGCAGGAAUCGAACCCUUUGUGUUGAACAUGGUACAGAGUGCUCAUGGAUGCAACCUACAAGUUAAGCAUCAGUGGAUUCUUCAAAUCAUUGUUGAACAUACUGCAGCUUUGAUUCUCAUCUAGUCAGAGCCACCAAGUAUCCUUGCCAAUUCACUCUGCCACCCCUUCUAGUUAUCCAAUAUGUAUGCAGCAUUUCAUCGAAGUGUAACCUACUCAUGAUCACCAUGCGCCCCCCCCCUUCUACGUUUGACUUUAUGUUUCUAUAUAACUGUUAAUUACGUCAAAACCAAAGAUGGUUUUUAAGUCUUCUUGGAUGUGGUAUUUGUACAUGUUCUGUUGUCAGUUCCUAAUAUAUAAAUUAUUGAUUUUAUGGAAAGUAAAAAUAUUAACUAGCUGGAAAUGUUUUGGCCACCAUCGGAGGCCGAAGGAGGAACUACGGAUCCACCGUCUGCCUUCCUGACAGUAGAUGUAGUUUUAGUACAUUUAUUUUCUUUCUUUUUUUUAUGUUGGAUUUACUUUUUGUCCAUGCACAUUAUGUAGGACCGGUUCACACCAGCUACUAGACUGGUCAUCUGGUUAUGUCUUUGAGCUUAAGUUAUUGCAAGUCCAAUGGGUUUAAACACACACUCCAGCUGCUAGAAUUUACAUUAUCUUAUCAUGUGUAAUGUUGAGAUUGUGUGCAUUGCGCCGAUCAGAUAAACAUUCAUUCCCUUUAGGCAUCACUGCAUCCAGGGCCCACUUUAAUAGAGCUGCUUAAGCACAGAAAGUAGCUAAGCACAGCAACAUUAUACUUACCAGAUUAAGGUUACCAGU